ACUCAUUGUCGCAUUCUGAAUGGGUUCAACUCCGGCAUCCCCACGGAUUGCCUACUGCUUCUCGAAACAAAAUGGUGACUUAUCCUCUGCUUUCUCAGAUCCGGGUUCCUAUGCGGGAUGACGCGGCUCAGAGUGUUUCUUUCCCGGGUGCAAGUGGCCAAGAUGCCCAAUCCGAUCAGGUCAAUUGUCAAAGAAACACGAGCGCCCAAUCUCAGCACAACUGUGGCCAAGACACAAACGCAUAUUUCCAAGGUACGUCUCAAAGUUUGAAGACGCUAAACCAGGAUUUCCAGACCCCGUGUCAGUACCUUAUCGGAGGUACACAGGGCCAAAUGUCCCAACAUGAAAGCAAGAACGACCCACACCAGGACCUCCCGAAUGCAAAAGUGCCAUACAUAAUCGCACAUAACUAUCCUUUCAACUUUCCACAACCUGCACCGCAGAACUAUUUGGAACCGGUCGUUCAGUUCCAGGGCACUGGACAUCAGAAAACAAACAAUCAUAUCCCGAAUUUCCUCAACGAUCCCCUAGGUGGAAUAAAAAGCGAAGAUGACACCACUGUUGAAUUUGAUCUCGAGCCCGGAUUUUCCUGGACGUCCCCUCGAUCAACUACGUUUCCCAGCCUCGACCUGGACACUACCGCGAACCAGACUUCAAUUGUAAACCCAGGAGACGCCAGCCCCGAUCUCUUUGCGCUCAGCGAUGGCAGCAACCCCUACCAAGCACAAGACCUAUCCGACCAAGAGAUCCUUGGUCUUCUGGAGGAUUUGGCACAGCAGAAACAGUCUCAACCACUGGUACAUAAACGGGUCCAGAAAUCUUGCAGUGACAUUGUUGAGGUGAAAAUAGAAGGUCCAGGCAACUAUGAUAGUGAUUCUGAUUGUUUUGGUGUUGGGUCUUCUGAGGGUGAUGUUAGUCCUUUUAUUUGAUCUGUUCUUUUUCUUUUUUGUGUGUGCGGUGUGCGGUGUAUGGUAUGUG